CGAGGGGCGGGGAUAUUCGGGAAUUUCUGCAGAAAACCUGCGCUUUCGCUUUCGGCUGGGUUGUAGUCAAAGAGGAAAAGGCGACAGUGUCCAGAACCUUUAAGACCGUGAGUAUCUGGAGGCUCCUAACCACUGUUUGAGUUGGUGUGCCUUGUUUCUCCUCCGUAGAGCAUCAAUUAUGCAUCGAUGUGGCCUUCUCACAUCCUCUAAAGUGCCAGUGCCUUUGAAAAGCAUUUCUGUGGAUGUCACUAUACGAGGUUUCGUGGCUGACGUAGUAUCAGAACUGCAGUACCAGAAUGAGGAAAAGAAUCCAGUGGAGGCCACCUUUGUCUUCCCUCUGGAUGAUGAAGCCGCAGUCUAUGCCUUUGAGGGUCUGAUUGGUGGGACACGGAUUGAGGCCCAGAUCCGAGAGAAGAAGCAGGCCGAGCAAGAAUACGAAGAUGCCCUGAGUGAAGGCCGCCAGGCUUUCUUGCUUGAGAGAGAAGAAAAUACCAGUGACAUUUUCAUGUGCAACCUGGGCAAUCUUCCUCCUGGUGAGGAAGCCACACUGAAACUGCGCUAUGUUCAAGCACUAGUGGUAGAACCAGAUGAUGCCGUCCGUUUUGUCCUGCCAGCUGUCUUGAACCCCCGCUAUGUUCCUGCAGCAGGCUCAGAAGGGAGCACUGUUUUCCAGCAGAUACCACGGGUGUCCAAAGAAGCUCUGCCUUACACCCUCAGCCUCAGUGCCAAGGUGGAGUCCCCCUAUGGCAUCAACCGGGUGGACUCAAAAUGCAGUCUUACACAGAAUAUAUCAGAGGAUCGCACUGCUGCCCAGGUCUCCUUGGCUAAAGGGCACCAAUUUGACCGUGAUGUGGAACUGCUGAUAUAUUAUGAAGAUGUACACAAGACCAGUGCCAUUUUAGAGACUGGGAAAUCUGGAGCUGCCCCAGGUUCACUGAUGGGAGACCCAGCACUUCUGCUAAGCCUGUACCCAAACAUUCCAGCUGCCAAAGCAGGUCAAUGUGUUCCUGGAGAGUUUAUCUUCCUGCUGGAUCGCUCUGGCAGCAUGGGUAACACCUUGGGUAACAGUUUUGGCUCACAAUCACGCAUCGAGAGCGCUAAGGAGACCUUGAUUUUCUUGCUAAAGAGUCUCCCUCUGGGAUGUUACUUCAACAUCUAUGGCUUUGGUUCUACCUUUGACUCAUUUUACCCGCAGAGUGUUAAGUAUACCCAGCAGACCAUGGAUACAUCUGUCCAACGUGUGAAGGAGCUGCGUUGUGAUUUGGGAGGAACAGAGAUUAUAAAACCCCUGAAGGCUAUUUACAGCCAGCCAUGCUUUGAAGGACAUCCUCGACAGAUCUUUGUGUUCACUGAUGGAGAAGUGUCUAAUACAAAUGAGGUCAUUGCUGAAGUUCGACAUAACAGUCACUUCCACAGGUGUUUCUCCUUUGGCAUUGGGGAAGGGGCUUCAACAGCUCUGGUCAAAGGCAUUGCUCGAGCUGCUGGAGGCAGUGCCGAAUUCAUCACUGGCAAAGAACGCAUGCAGGCCAAGGCUUUGCAAAGUCUGAAGAAGGCCCUUCAGCCAGCAGUGACGGGGAUCUCUCUGAGCUGGGAGUUGCCUUCUGGCCUUGAGGCCAAACUUGUGGGGUCAGGCCCUCAGUUCAUUUUCCAAGGUCAGCGCUGCCUCAUCUAUGCCCAGAUCCAGGGCCAACUUCAGACGUCAGGCUCCAUGGAGGGGACAGCCGUGGUUCGGUAUAAUUUCCAAAAUGAGACUCCGACAGAAACAACAAAGUUCUCAUUCCAAUUUGAGAAGACAGACAGGCUCCCUGUUCACCGUCUGGCAGCUCAGGUGCUGUUGCAGGAAUUAGAAGAGGACAAGGAGAAGGUGGAAGAAAAGCGGGUCCUGGCACUAGAGACAAGCCUGAGCUCUGGAGUGGUGUGUUCCCAGACAGCUUACGUGGGUGUGAAUAUGGAGCUGGGCAAACCAGUUCAAGGACCUCUCAUCCACCGAAAUGUCCCACUUCCAGUUUUGAUGGGAUCAUCAGGAGUGAUGGUCCGCCGGAGAUUAGGAUCAUCACAUAAAAUUAAACGCGACAUCCAUGACUAUUCAGCUGAAUGUCUAGGGGCAAGUAUGUGUCAUAACCAGCAAGCUGCCAAUUCAGUUCAUGGAACGUAUUUUGGCUCACAGCCGUUAGGUUCUCAAUUUCUCAAUCUGGGGGCGAAGAGAUGUGCUGUACCACAAAUGAAAGUUGAAGUGAGAAAAUCACUCCACCCGGCAAAAGAUACAAAUAGGUCAAGCAGCAGAACUAAGGAAGAAGAAUCUCCUCUUUUGAAGUUGGUAUCCCUGCAGAAUGCAAAUGGCUCCUGGCCUCAUGGGCCUGCCCUAGCUGCCAUACUAGACCUGAGUGAAGCUGAGAUCUCAGGCAAAGCACCGGCCCAUGUGGCCUCAGAUAUAUGGGCAACAGUGCUGGCUGUUCUCUGGCUUCAUUUGAAUGCUGCAGAGCAGAAAAAUGAGUGGGAACUGCUGGAAGGAAAAGCUGUUCAUUGGCUCCAAGUGAAUGCAGGAGAUCAACUAGCUAAGUGUGUGAAUGCUGGCAAUGAAGUUCUGGGAAGUAGAGUCGGCCCCCAGGUAUUCGGGCUCUGAGUUUACAGUGUCAUCAUAUGCCUGAAACUGGAACAUCUGCAUCUAUUCUGCUUCUAUUCUUGCUGAAAUGUAACCUGCUGCAACCUCCAUUAGAACCUAUUAGGUUCUGGGUCGUCAUUCCCUUAAAAGUACUAGUGCCUUGCUUACAAACUCAUUAAGUUCUAAUGCAAGGGACAUGGUGGCUCAGUGGAUAAGACACUGAGCUUGUUGAUCGAAAGAUCGGCAGUUCAGUGAUUCAAAUCCCUAGUGCCACGAAAGGGGUGAGCUCCUGUUACUUGUCCCAGCUUCUGCCAACCUAGCAGUUCGAAAGCACAUAAAAAAUGUAAGUAGAAAAAUAGGGACCACCUUUGGUGAGAAUGUAACAGCGUUCCAUGCGCCUUUGACGUUUAGUCAUGCCAGCCACAUGACCAUGGAGAUGUCUUCGGACAGCGCUGGGUCUUCAGCUUUGAAACGGAGAUAAGCACCGCCCCCUAGAUUCAGGAACAACUUGUGCGAGGGGAACCUUUACCUUUACCUAAGUUCUAAUGCAUCACAAAUUGCUCUGUUGGCGCAUUGAUAUGCAAGCAUUCUAGGCAUAAAUGUAGCAAUAGCAUGUAGGCUUAUGUAUCACCCCAUAGCAUUUUACAACACUCUCUGGGAGGUUUAUAAUGUGGAAGCAUUAUUUGCACAUUGCCCCCAACAAUCUGGGUCGUCAUUUUAUCACUCUUGGAAGGAUGGAAGGCUGAGACAACCUUGAGCCCAUCAGGAUUGAACUCAGGCUAUGGGCAGGGUUUGCCUGCAAUACUGCAUUCUAAACACUAUGCCACCAGUAGAUUUAUAUUUAUUCUAUGCUAUAUAUAUGUGCUCCUCUCCCCCCCCCCAAAAAAAAUAUCACUUGAAAGAAUGAAAAUUAAGACUGACACCUACCACCCCAAUAUUUCUUCUUUAAUUUGCAGUUUAAAGUUUAUAUUAAGACCUUGGAGCAUAAAUAUGUAUGCAUCCUCCACUCGUUAAAAAUUAGGGAUGCAUUCCUAAUCCCAGGAAAACCCGAGAUAGAUUCGUAUAAUAAAUGAGAUUUUCACUGAUCUGAGAGAGCAAUAAAGGAUUAAACACUCUAGUUAAGAACAAAAACCCCAGAUCAGUAUUAACCUCAGGUAAUAUUUAUGGUUGUCAAUUUCAUUAUGCUAACAGUAUAAAAUAAUGAAGGGGAUGCUUACAAAAAAAGCCAGUUUGGUGUGAUUAAGGCAUCAAGCAGAAAUCAGGAGGUUGUCUUGCUUCAAGCAUAAAACAGCUGGAUGAUCUUGAGCUAGUCACACUCUUUUAGCCUUAGGAAGCAGAAACCACUGCUGAAAAACCUUACCAAAAAAACAAACGGCAGGGUCUACUUCCAAGCUUCACCAAAAGUCAACAAUAACUCAAAGGCACAUACAUGCAAUGAAAUAUAAUAUGAGCUUCUCUCAAAUUUUGUAGUUUGAUUUAAUAUCCAUAAAUAUGUUAACAAAGUUUAGAAAUAAGAACAGUAAGUUUAAAAUAGUUUUAAAUUGUUGAAUUAUGCAAACACUUGGAGUUUAUCAAUAUAUAAAGAAUUUUGGAUUUAUUGAA